AUGAACUCCAUUCGGGCAAAAUCUGUUUUGGGAAAGCGCAGUCAGCGUCAAGACCACAGCUCAACUUGUGAGCAGCUGCAGACGCCAGAACCGACGCCAGAUUUCAAACGAGUCCGCACAUCGUCAACCACCCUCGAUGGCGAUGGAAAUAAGGAGAACAUUCCACCCUUUGCUUUGAAUGCUCUCAAUGUCGAAUCUUCCUCACCCACAAUUACCUCUAGAGCAGCGAGAGCGCUGCGUCGCAGUGCCACCGAGUCCAUGCAGAGCACUCCUGCACGGUCCAAACCACAAAUUCAGAGAAGUGCUUCCAUAUCAUCUACGCCUGCUACCCCUGCAACUGCGAUAUCUACUCUCCACAUAUCUACACCUCCACCUACACCUCCUACCUUCCUACCUCUUGAAGUUCGUGCGCGAGCCCUUCUUCGUGCAACAUGUAACGAUAUUGACGAACUCCCUGGCCGUGAAGAAGAACGUCAAAGUAUCGCCAAUUUUGUCCAGAGCUUCCUCGAAGAUGACGAACAAGGCGUGCAAAGUCUUUACAUUUCUGGAUCGCCGGGAUCCGGAAAGACGGCGCUUGUUACAUCCGUGCUUAACUCGUUCGCAGAAGAACUCACCGAUGUGAAAGUUGUCACCAUUAACUGUAUGGCCCUUGAGGACGUUGACGCGCUUUGGCAUCGAAUGCUUGAUGAGCUCGAUAAACCGAAAAAGCUCAAGGCGGCGGCUCGUUCCAGAAAACACUUGAAGGGAAAAGAAGCUGCGGAGGCAGUUGUGACUGCUAUGAAAACUAAAUGCAUUGUGCUUCUGGAUGAACUCGACCACAUUGCUCCAACAACACAAACAUUUACAUCCCUACUCACUCUUCCCGAAGCCUCUUCAGGCCUACUACGAAUAAUUGGUAUUGCGAAUACCCAUACCCUGUCUACGACUACUAUCUCCACCGAUUGCGUCCAGACGUUACAUUUUGCUCCUUAUACAUCUACCCAACUACUCCGAAUCCUGCAAUCUCGCUUGGCCCCUCUUAAUGACUCAGAAAAGUCUUCUGCAGUUAUGAAGAAGUUUCUUCCUAUCCCGACCUUAAUGCUGUUAACUAAGAAAGUAGCAUCUCUCACUGGUGACGUGAGAUGUUUACUUGAAGUCUUGCGAGAAGCUAUCGACUUAGCCUCGGCAGUUCCUGCUUCUAAAGAGGUAAAUGUGUUGGAAGUCUCAACAUCUUCCGUGACUCCAGCUCAUGUCCUCGCGGCUUUGAAAGUUCGUGUCCCUACUCCGACCAGCGCCCCUUCCGCAUCCCCUAAAUCGUCACCCUUCGUAUCAAAUAGCGAGAUCGUGUCGAAAAUUAGUUCCCUCGGACUACAGGCCCGACUUGUACUCCUAUCUAUCCUUCUUGCCUCUAAACGAUUAGAAGCGGGACUAGCACUCUCUGGCUCCACCUUGCCAUCCACUUCAGCCAAACGUUCUUGCUCGAAUGAUAUUCCGGGAAGGGAUAUUGGGAUAGACACCCAGCAACUGCAUGGAUACUACUCGAAUAUGCUUUCACGUGGCGACUCGGACCUGUGUGCUCCAGCUUCGAGAAACGAAUUCAUUGAUUUGACUGCGAUGCUUGAAGGCAUAGGCCUGGUUAGCGUUGCAACUGUCACCUGUUCGUCUCCCACCAAGAUGGCAAAGAGGGCAUUCGGUCGUUCCAGCUCGUUCAUUUCGGUGAAAAGUAAAAAUGCUGCGAUGGGGGAUGUACGUCUCGGGUCGGGUGUGUGGGUCGACGAAGUAGUGCGUGGCUUGGGAAUCAGUGAUAAAGAUUCUGUUGAUGUCAAAGAGGAGGAGGCAAGGGCUAUCUGGAAUCGUGAAUGCGCACGAUUAGCAAAGGAAGUCAAAGUGUGGCAGGCGAAGUCAGCCAAGACUCAGCAACCGGUUGCCGGAUUUUCAGAUGCUUUCGAAGAUUGA